UUUUUCAUUUAUAUUUAGUUGCUGGGAGAGACGAUUCAAAAGAAAGCACAGGAGAAGGAGUGAUGAUGGAGCCAGCAGCCCCAAGAGGCGAAGACUGGCGGAAGAAGCUGUUCGUCUCUUCUACCAGGCUCCUUGGCAGCAGGGGGGGGGCGCUUGGGCCCCCCAGCUGGCAGCUCCUCCGCUGCAGACCGCCCAGCAAGCCGCCGCUCCGGGACAGGGCGUGGGCUCCCCCCCGCGUGCCGCGCCGGAGCCAGAGGCCUUCUCCAUGGAGGUGGAGGCCCGGGUCGCCGCUGUGCAGAGGCUGCAGGAGAUUGAGGACAGGAUCACGCUCGAGGACGACGACGAGGAUGACUUGGAAACGGAGUCCGCGGACAGGAAGCCGGUGCUUGUGAUAUCGGACAGCCUGCGAGAAGGCCUGCAGCGCGGCAUCGCGGACAUCAUCCCAAAGAAAGUGGUGGAGUCCAUGAAUCACUUGUGCAUGGAGCUGGUGCUGUGGAGACCCCCCCCGGAGGUGCUGCCUAGGAGACUGAAAGACUCAAUGCAGAGAGUCCAGCAGCUGGCGGCCAGCAGCUCGAAAGAGCCUCUGCUGGUGAAGAAUACAGACACAGAGGCCCAGCAGCACCGCAGCUGCUCCAUGUUGUAUACCGGCCCAGGCUCACAGGCCGGUAUGGAGGAGGAUGUGGAGAUGGAGUUGUAGACUGUAGGGGCUCAGACUGUUGUUUCUACGCCUUGUCAGAAUGCCUUUUACUUGGAAUCCAUUACCUUCAGUGAACAAAAGGUGGGUGAUUCUUGAAGGGCAAGAGAUAUAAAGUGGUACCUUGCUGGCCUGAAUUCAGUUCCACACUCUCCAAGAGCUGGUAUCCUCUGUGGGGCCAAAAUGACUCAACCUUUGCCAUCUUUAUAUACAUCUGAGUGGCAUGCAUUGCGUUUCGACAGUUUUAUUAAUGAAUGCUUUCUAUGGAUCACAAAGCACUGCCCCUUGUUUGUGACUGCAUCAGAACGUUUUGUGAGCAGCUAUUUUCUGGAGUAAGAGGAUAGUAAAAGGAAUUUCAUGUGCAUCAGUAAUGUGUUUCUGAAAGGUGUCAUUACUCCCCAUGUCUGUUCAAUAAUCCAGUAUUUAUAGUCAUCAGUAAUGGAGAAAUGUGCAAUCAUUUGAUGGAAUUUUAAUACAGUUUUACUGUUUUAUCCUGAGGCUGACUGAAGCACCAGAAUGAUAAUCUCAGUCUGUUUUUCACUGGAUGUUUGGUUUUUGGGUUGGUUAUACAUAUAAAGGUAUAGCCUUUCCCUGUCUGUAUCUACAGUGAAGAAAUGCUUUAAGCAGUAUUAAGACACAAGAACAUCUUUGAUUUUUAGGUGGAAAUUUAGAUUUUUUCAUGUCAGUAAUGCUGCCAACAGUAUCCAGCAAGAGCAUUUACAAACAAGUAUUGGAACCCAUAGACUUUGUUCCAUUUGUACGCAUUAUUUUAUAUCUGUUCCUUAAAGAAAUCAACUUUAAAAAUGUUGACAAUGUUCCAAGCUUACUGUCAUUUCAUUUGUGGACAAAACAAAAAAUACCUGCUUUUGCCGAAUAUAGAAGCUAAAUGAAAAACUAAAUACACUACAAAACAAAAACGCCUUACAUAAAAGUUAUGAAUUAAGUUUUUGUGUAAGCCAGAAUUAUGGUUAUUAUUAUGGUGUAUUAUUAGUAGGGACAGCUCUCAGGUUGAUUUUCCUGAGUUUAAAGUUGUUCUGCAGAAGCUCACCAGCAAAUUUUCUGGAAAAUCCUACCCUCAGUGUUCCGUCUAACCUGUAUGGUCCUGACUGGAAUUGGAAGAGGGGAUGGUGACGGUUAGUUACCAUGAAGGUGUAAUUUCUGCUGUGAAGAAGCACAAAUCCCUUGCAUGAAGCUUGGAAAAUUGAUUUUUUUUCAGUAAUAUGGUUCUACUUUUGAAUGCCAGUGUUUUUAAAAUAAAGCUGUCUGUAUGCUGGCCUUUAAACCGCUGUUCUGCAUGUUCAGUUUGCCUCUGAGGAGGUGUUUUUAAAUAAAGUCAGUGCCAGGAA